CCCAGAUGCAACCUUCAAUGCAUCCAGCAGUCUCGUGUGGCACCCGUAAUAGUGUCCAGCUGUGUUACACCCUUUAGCAAACAACACACUUUGUCGUGCAGUGCACCUGAUAUCUUGUUUGUUUGUUUUUGUUUUUUUAUUUAUUCAAUAGAAAUUUUAUAUUUUUUAUACCACAUGGAUUUUAUUUUCCAUCUUUGUUCUCAUUUAUUGUUUUAUAUUAUUUUUUUACACAAUAAAUUUUUGUGAUAUAAUAUAACAUUAUUUUAAAAUAAUAUAAUUUAAAUAAUUUUAUAAAUUGAAUUGAAAAUUUAACAAAAAAAAACAUCGCUCUUUUUGUUUAUUUAUAAUUACUUUUUAAAAAUAAAAUAAUUUAAAUAAUUUUAUCAAUUCAACUGGUGAUUUAAAAGAAUAAUAAUUUUUUUUUUUAAAUCAUCAGUUGAAUUUGCAAAAUUAUUUUAAAAUAAUAUAAAAUAUAAUAUAUUAUUUUGAAUAUCAAAUAUAUUUUUAUUCAUUAUUUAUUUUAUUCAUUUAUAUUUGUAUUUUUUUAUCAAAAAAAAAUUUGCAUUGUUUUAUUGAAUUUUAAAAAAAUAAAUUUAUCAAUAAUUGUUUUUUAUAAAUAUAUAUUUUAUAUUUAUAUUUUAUUAUCAAAUUUAAAAUAAUAAUAUAUUAAAAUUGAAGAUUGAAGGAUGUAGAUAAAAUGAUUAUAUUUUGCGGUGAUAAAAUCAAUAUUUGUAUAUAGAGUGAUAAUCACAAUCGAUGUAUUAUGACGAUAAAAUUAUAUAAAAAAUAUUGACGAAAAAAACAAAAAGUACAAAAACAAUAUAUACAUAAGCAAUAUGUUAAAUUAAAAAAAAAAAAUUUCAGUCAGUUAGUUGAAAAUAGGUUAUUAUAAAGGAUAGUUUAAUAAAAAAAAAAAAGAAAAAUGAAAAAAUAAUAAAGCAUGGGCAAGACUCUCCUUCGAUAACCUGAUUCAUUUUGAUGAUUAUCGAUAUUUUAAUAUAUACUAUCCCAUAAUCACACCUUCGUUAGUUUAGAUAUAGAUCAAAACGUAUCAGAUUAUAUCAUGAGAAACUUAUAUCCUUAAUUUACAUAUACUCCCAACCCAAAAAAGUUUUAUGAAGAGAGAAAAGAAAACAAAUGAUUAUGAUAUCAUUCUUCAUUUGAUAUUGACAUAUAUACUUUUAUAUUUUUAUUUAUUUAUAUUAUUUUUUUUAAUUAGAAAAUAGUGCAAUAAUUAAAUGACAAUAAUAAAUUUGAUAAAUAAAUGCUACGAAAAAGUUGGUAAUAAUUUAAACGACAGUAUCAAGAUAUUUUAAAAUGUUGAAAUUUUGUUCUCCGAGUCAAAAAAGACGUUGUACAAUUGUGAAUCCAGGCAGUAAAGCAGCUCAACAAGGAGUUCGAGAAGGUGAUCUCAUUACUAGCAUUAAUGGAACAAAAACAAAAGAGCUUACCAAUAAUGAAGCACACAUACUUUUGCAAAACGCUAAAGACGAACUGAAACUUGGCCUUAAUCAGGAUCGUCUUGGUUCACCAAAACAACGUAUAUACAAAAGUAGUUUGCAUGAAAAAACAUCAAUUGAAACAUUCCACAAAAGCACGAAAACAUUAACAACCUCAGCGUUACGAACGACAUCAUCAGAAGCUAAACGAAACGGAAAUGGUAAGUAAAAAAUUUGUAUAAUUAUGAAUUUAAUAUAGUGUUAUACUUGAUAUAGGAUUAACAAUAAUAACACCAGGUUUAAAGAGUCGUGUUUAAUGAAUGAAGAUAAAACGACCACAAGCCUGGUGUCUCAUUUUUUUUUAUUUUUAUUUUAUUUUUUUGUUGUUCUUUUUGUGACCUACAUUCAAGUGUCAUACUUAACGUUAUACUUUUAAAGAUCAACUUGGAUUAUCAUCCUUAAAAAUUACGAGAUUAAGGUUACGGUUUCUGUGUAUACUCCAAGUAAAAUAGCUAUAAACAAAAUGCUUUUUUUUUUUAUUAUUGUUUUUUGUCUACACAGAUAAAUAAAUUCAAGACUUUAUUAAAAAAAUCAUUAUCAUUUUUUAUAAAAAUAUAUAAUUCAAAUAGAUUUUUUUUUUAAAACCUUGAUGGAUUUAUUUAUUUUAAUAAUAAAUUUUAUGGAAUAUAUAAUAGAGAAGAUUUGUUUCUAAUUUAACGAAUAAAAUUGAUUGUCAUCUUGACAGUAAAGAUUAUGAAAUUAUAUUUUACACGUUAAUAUAUCUAUAAGAUGUUCACAAAUCCCUUGAUCAAGCUUCAACACAAUUCACUUCACCAAAAAGCAGCCAAGAGCCAUAGGGUCCAAAGUAUAUGCAAUGAGAAGAAACUUUGCCUUAAGAAGUUUACGUGAAAACCAAUAUAAUCUCUAGCUCGACUUAACCAAAGAAGCUUUUAGUGUUUCGAUACUUGAGUCAAAAUUUUAAGCAAUAAAAUACUUAAGUACCAAUUGGCUUUUAUUAUAUAAAUGUGACCUAUAUUAUUAUCAAGACAACAAACUUUUUUUUUUACACUAUCAUAAAAAUAUAAUAAAGCUGUAUCAUAAUUUUUUUUUUAUUUCUUCUUGGUUUUUUUUUCUUUUACAACAAUGUAUAAAGAAGAAUAUAAAAUUAGAUUGAUAAAAAAAAAAAAUAGAGUAAUAUAUUCUGAUUAUUUAUUAUUUUUUUAGUGUAUGUAUAAUAAUGAUAAAGACCACACCUUAACAUUCAAAACUUCAUAGGCUGUCUUUUGUACAAGAACAGGGUGUGUACUCAAAUCCUUUUCGAGGUCUUCAGGGCGUUACUUAGGGUCAUUUAGUUGUUCACUGUCUUCAGUGUUGUGUCGACGACGAGUGCACUUUUAAACGAGUAUAUAAACACUAAAGUACUAAAGAAAAAUUGUAGAUAAAAAAAAAAAAAAAACAA